CUGCCUGGCAGCACUGAGAGCCGCUCACCAUCAGAGUGAUACCUCUUCACUUUCUCCUCCUCUCCGGUGACGCUGUAGCAGCCGAGCCCGCUGCCUGUCCGCUCCCCCCCUCACUCCGCCCGGCUGGCUGGCUGCGUGCUGCACACUGUCUCUAACGGAAGACACAAGCGCCACAGAGGGCACCGAGGCGAGCAACCCGCGGAUCUGCACCCGAACUGCGCGGGCUGUGGAUUUUAAGGAGCGGAAAGGAAGGAAAAGUUGAAGCCGUCACCGCUGCUACAGGGAGCCGCUCCAGACUACUGCCCCGUUAAUAAGGUCAAAGGUCAGUGAAGGCAGUGGUACCAGUGGACGGAGAUGAUGUCCAUGCAAAUGAGUGAGGCGGACAGCGUGGUGAAGGUGGCGGAGUGGCAGCAGACCUACUACGUCGACUCCGGCAUCCAAUCAGGAGCCACCACCGUGCGGGACGACGAGAGCAGCACAGAGUACAGCGGCAGCAAGAAGUACAGCGGCAGCACCGCAACCAAUACCACCACUCCCACUACGGCCUCUGCUGGAGGAGGAGGAGACGCAGCAGCCGGAGGACUGGAGAGCCCCACAGAUUUAGACGCUCAGUACUCACUAACACGGGCUCAGCGCGUCAGGGCGGCAAUGUUCCCAGAGACUCUGGUGGAGGGAGAGGCAGCCAUGCCAGUCCAAUCAGAUCCUUCACAGCAGAGCAACGUACAGCGAUUGGCUGAGCCCUCGCAGCUGCUAAAGACAGCCAUCGUCCACCUGAUCAACUACCAGGAUGAUGCUGAGCUGGCUACCAGGGCGGUGCCGGAGCUAACCAAGCUGCUGGCAGACGAGGAUCCGGUUGUGGUCAACAAGGCGGCCAUGAUAGUCAACCAGCUGACCCGAAAGGAGGCGAGUCGGCGGGUGCUUGUGCAGUCCCCGGCCAUGGUGGGCGCUGUGGUGCGCGUCAUGACAACAGCAGUUGACAUGGAGACAGCCCGGUGCGCAGCCAGUGUGCUCCACAGCUUGUCACACCAGAGGGAGGGGCUGCUGGCCAUAUUUAAGUCUGGAGGGAUCCCAGCACUUGUCCGUAUGCUAAGUUCACCAGUGGAAUCAGUCUUAUUUUACGCCAUCACCACCCUCCACAACCUGCUGCUGCACCAAGAGGGGGCCAAGAUGGCGGUGCGUCUCGCUGAUGGCCUGCAGAGGAUGGUUCCGUUACUGAAAAAGAGCAAUCCCAAGUUCCUGGCCAUCACCACUGACUGUCUGCAGCUCCUGUCCUAUGGCAACCAGGAGAGCAAGCUCAUCAUCCUAGCCAAUGGAGGCCCAGAGGGUCUGGUGUUCAUCAUGAGGAACUACAACUAUGAAAAGCUCCUGUGGACCACCAGCCGUGUCCUCAAAGUGCUGUCUGUCUGUCCCAGCAACAAGCCAGCCAUCGUAGAGGCUGGUGGUAUGCAAGCUUUGGGCCAACACCUUACAGGUUCAAGUCAGCGUCUGAUCCAGAAUUGUCUGUGGACCCUCCGCAACCUGUCAGACGCUGCAACCAAACAGGAGGGGUUAGAUGGUCUGCUGCAGAUACUGGUCACCCAGCUGGGCUCAGAUGACGUCAACAUGUUGACCUGUGCAACCGGGAUCCUGUCCAACCUCACCUGUAACAACUCACGCAACAAGACCCUGGUGACCCAGUACGGCGGCGUGGAGGCGCUGAUCCAUGCCGUGCUUCGUGCUGGGGAGAAGGAGGACGUCGCUGAGCCAGCGGUCUGCGCCCUGCGGCACCUCACCUCCCGACACCAGGAUGCCGAGCUGGCCCAGAAUGCAGUGCGGCUGCACUACGGCAUCCCUGCUGUUGUCAAGCUGCUGGGGCAACCGCACUACUGGCCUGUGGUAAAGGCCACGGUCGGGCUGAUCCGGAACCUGGCGCUGUGUCCGGCCAAUCAAGCGCCGCUGAGGGAGGCGGGUGCUAUUCCACGAUUGGUCAACCUGCUGCUGAAGGCCCACCAGGACACGCAGAGACACGCCUCUUCAGCGCAGCAGACAUACCAGGACGGAGUUCGUAUGGAGGAAAUAGUCGAGGGCUGCACAGGAGCUCUUCACAUUCUGGCCAGAGACCCCAUGAACAGAGGAGAGAUCGCCAGCAUGCAGACCAUACCACUGUUUGUACAGCUGCUGUACUCCUACGUGGAGAACGUGAAGCGGGUGUCAGCGGGCGUCCUGUGUGAGCUGGCCCUGGACAAACAGUCUGCAGAGCUGAUCGAUGCAGAGGGAGCGUCAGCACCGCUCAUGGAGCUGCUGCACUCCAGCAACGAGGGCAUCGCCACCUACGCCGCGGCGGUGCUCUUCAGAAUUUCGGAGGACAAGAGUUCGGACUACAGGAAGAGAGUGUCGGUGGAGCUCACGCACUCGCUCUUCAAACACGACCCCGCUGCAUGGGAAAUGGCCCACACUGCAGUUCCUCUGGAGCCUACGUACCUGGCUGAUGAGUUAGAUGCUUCUUACCCUCCCUAUGGCUACACUGAUCUGCCUCUGGACACCAUGCCGCUAGACCCUGACCUCCAUGAGCCCUACAUCCCUGAUAUGACGUACGACCCCAGACAAGCCUACCCUGAGCCGCUCUAACAGGAGAAUAAAUUUGAAAACGCUGAGAGAGAAAGAGAGAAUGAGCAAAUCACAGGAACAAAGACUGAGGGGAUGGAUGGAUGAUGGAGAGUGAAGGUUUUAAUCAGCCCUUUCCAAGUGGAAAAAAAAAAAUCUCAUUUGGCAAUCGAGAACUAUCAGAAGAGGUUGCUUAUUUAAAAAAAACAAAAAAGAAACGUUGAUUGUUCCUGUAAAUGGAAAAAAAAAAAAAAAAAAGAAAAAAAAGAAAAAAGACGUAACUUUGUUAUAAUGUUUUACUGUGGGGUGAGAGUCGGGGGUGUCUGAAGUUUUGAGGCGUUGUUACACGGGUAACUUUUUGAAGCAAUCAAAACAGGCGACGACGCCUCACACUGACAGUUCGACACGUGGGACAAGCAGGGGGCCAAACGUUUUAGCAUUUCAUUGAGGUUUAGAAACAGUCUGUUGUAAUAUUAGUUGUGAUAUACAGAGAUUCUCUACACCCAUUUUGGUCAUUAAGAAGUUCCAUUAAAUUACAGUUAACUAUAACCCCCAGUUCAACAUUGAUGACAUCACUGAAAACUUGCUUGAAAACAUUUCAAAUCGAUUUUUCUCCCCUCUUGGCGUCACUGCCAGUCACCGUUGCUACCAAAUGCUACCCGUGUAUCCCAGCCUGAAGCAGCUGUCUUUUAGAUGUCUCCUCUGUGUAUUUGAACAGUGCACAUGUCCCGGGGUGUCCAUGUGUGGUCAUUGCAUGGUAGUAUAUUGUGUACUCAUUGAAAUAUUCUUCGCCUUUUACUUACUGAGAAAAAGUGACAUUCGGGUUUUACAGGGGCGUUUUGGAUCACGCCAAACCAUUUGGAAAAACUUUAGUGCAGAGCUGGACAACAGAUCCCGCCAUGUCCCGGCCUCAUGAAACGUUCCCAAAGGAAACAGGAAAUGGACUACAGGUUCUCCUCCAAUCUUCGGCAUCGGACUACAAAUCCAUCUGUUUUCGAGUCAUACCCAGUGAGACCCACACAUCUCCAGUGCAUAUGGACCACAGCUCUCUGGUCACACCGCUGUGGGUGCCGCACUGUAGGGUAAAUUUACAAAGGUAAUAAUGUGCUUAGACAUAAUGACAAACCACUUUUGUAUUAGAGCUGUGCUGAUUAUAGAAAUCUAUGGAUAACUGUGUCGCUGUCAGUGGAGGGAUGGGGAGCUUUGCUGCUGCUCACAGCAUUGUGUUAAAGAUUUAGUCUCUGAUUGGUGUGCAGCAUCUUUUUCACCUCACCAUCACAUCGCAGUGCAGAGUCCACAUGGUCUGCAUGUUAGUGCAGCUGCAGCUGGAACAUGGACGUCAAGUGCUCUGUGCACCAGCGAGGGGCGACUGUGCUCGUAGUUACACCCAACCAACUACAACAGCCAUAGUCUGAACAAGUGGCAGAAUACCAGAGCUAUAAAUACUGAAUAAAUACAGUUCACAUUGUCAUAUAUAAUUCCUUUGUAUGUGUGCAUUCACUGUGCCACAGUAAAAUUUAAACAUUUGUUGAAAGGACAGGUAUUUGACUUUUUGUCUUUGAGGACUAAAUUAUUGGUUUUUCAGAUGUGACUACAUAUACGUUCAGUUGUAGCUCCCUGAUUUUAUAUAAUACACUGUGUCAUUGCUUCUUGGCCAACAGCCCUGCCCCAAUGACAAAGUGUUCCCAUUUAAAAAAAAAAAUGCUCUGCGCUACCUGUACUUAGUAUUUGGUAUAGCUAUGCUGCCCUCUGCUGGACAACACUCAAAUGUAACACACUUCUUGGUUUUCUGUGUGGCGAUUUGAUUUUAAUGUGGCACACUAACAAAAAAACAAAAAAAAAAAACAAUUAAUUCUUAUUUAAGACAAAUAACUGUCAUUCAACAACAAUUUUCAUUUAAUUAUGAAAGUAAAUGCACACAUAUAAAAGAAAUACAAAUGACAAUGUUUCCUGUAUUUCUGACGUGCUGUAAUGUAGGCUUUUUAAAUCAGAACCUGGGUUUUUUUUAUUUUUAAGUCUUCAGAAAUUUGAUCAGUAUCACUGGAAAAACUGUGGGCCCAAUGGUGCAAGAAACCAGAGCAGUGAGGUAAUGAUAGUGGAUAAACUGGGUUUGAGUAUUCAGUUCUUUGGGCCUUUCACAGAACACUACGCCAGUUCUAACUCACCUGUAGAAAAACCAGCUGUAGAAAAUUUACAUCUGGACCCUUAACCUGAGACUUACUGGACUUAACACUGAUAAUGGUUUCUUCCAACAAAAGCAGCAAACUAUUCAUGUUUUUUUUUUCCACUGCAUGCAUUGUGAAUGUUUUUUUCUUUUUAUACUCUUGUUUCAACUUUUAUGUUUUCGCCUACAGUGAUUGGCUGUUGGUUGUAUCCCUAUAUCGACCAAAUGUGGAGAAAUCCACUCUAAGUUUCGUUCUAUGGAAGAUUUUCGCUGUGCGUCACCAGCUGUCCCCGCCCUUACUGUUGCUCCACAAAGUGUGGCUCCUGUUGCCUAGCAACCUUGACAACACACUUUUUUUUUUUAACAAAUACUUGAGGUUUUAAAGCCCUUCAACAGUUGUACCUUUAGCUGUUGAACUGAGCUGAACCCCAAUCCAUACAUUUAACAGCGUAAUCCUGAGGCUCUCUGCUGCCAUAUUAUUUUCUUUACACAUCAAUUUUACACAUCGCAUUUCACAUUCAUCUUGGGAUAGGUUGGGCCCCGAGGGACCCACCUGUUGGAGCCUUUGUUGCCCAGGAAAAAAAGGACGUAUUUGAAGGAGCCUUGUCACACCACUGUGACGCUAUCAGUCUUCAAAUGCAUCCUCUGAAGGAUGCGGCCCCUGAAUUGGGACACAGCUGAUGGAUGCGUGUCAUUUCCUUCUGCACUCUGAGGUUUGGGUCAGUCCAGGAUGGACAGGAUGAGCAGCUUCCCAUAAUUUUUACUUUCAAGACAAGGAAUUAGAAAUAUGCACCAUUGGCCCCUAAGCAGUUAGUAUCCUUAAUAGUCACCGAAGAAUGGCUGUACUGUGUUUAACUGCAUUGCACCACUGUGUAGGACCACCCUCUUUUUAGACUAAUGGCUUGAGAUACUGCAUUUGAACAGUACAAACAGGGACAUGUCACAUAAGGAAGAAUUCUUUAGGAUACAGUAUUGACAUUAUCAUAAUGAACAUAAUGAAAGAGCUGUUGUUUUUUACCCUGCGAUUUGUAUGACUGUGUGUUUGUGUGGCAUAUGAACGACAGAAGUGUUGGUGCACUCUUGAGAGAAAAAGAUGAAGCCAAAUAAAGGGAGAGAGAAGUUUCAGGGGAGGAAAUGUGACCUAUAGUGCCCCCUGCUGGUUCUGUUCAUCCAUAAAAAAAUCCUAAUCUGCAUUUUUCUGCUGGUCAAACUAUUUCCCAUGAGCACUCAACAGCAUGAACUGAGGAAGAGAAGAUAUGUAUAAUAUAAAGCACUGUAAAAUAUGAAAUAUGAUUAAAUUUUGUAUCAAAUCACCUUCAGAGACAUCAUGACUUUAUGUGACAUACCCACCGACGAGCCAAAACAUGACCACUCACAAUCAAGUGUGUUACAUCAAGGUCUAGGAUUUAUUCAUUGGUAAGUGGACAGUUGGUUUUCAUAGUCAGUGCAGAUGUGAGCACCUGAGCGACUUUGACAGGGGUCCAGGUAACCGGGGUCUCCCAGUCAGUGGUCCAAGGAGGGAUAAACCACGAAGCAGUGCAUCGUCGAUGUGCAAGGACCACAAAAAGCCUGUAUGGUCAUUGCACCCUGUUGCAUAUGCGGCUGUGUCCGGUCAGAGUGCCAAUGCUGGUCGUGAUGUUCUGGCUCAUCAGUGUAUAUGACACUGUAGGUUCCACUGGGGGGCAAGAUGCUGACUUUCCUCACCUGUAGAGGUGGAAAAGAAGAGGAUGUGAUGGUGGAAGGAGAAAGUAAGGAGAAGUAAGGAACAGGAAGCAGAGGGAAUGAUAGAUGCCAAAGAGAUUUAUCUUGUGUUGAUAAUCAUUUUCGUGCCUGCUGGUUGUCUCGUGUAGCAGGAAGUGGAGUGUUCCAGACACAGACUGGUGCACAAAGAGCUGAAGGGACAAAGGCUCAGGUUAAUAUAAUAGAAGAGCGAACUGCAUGCGAAACGAAAAGUGCAGCCCAGAAUGAUUCUAAUUAUCCAGUCACUCUUAAGCCUCAUUUGUUCCUGGUAUUAACAUGUGCGUAUGGAUAACAACAUUCAACCCACAGGUCUUUGUGUUUACACUGGUAUUAAUGGCAUGUCAGUAUGAACAUUAGUGAUGCAGUUCUGGCUGACUUGCUAGCUAACAUUACUGCUUCUGCCUGGAACUUCAGCCAGGCUUGCUUUAGCUACCAGGAAAAGAUGGAGUUAGGUGACCUUUCAACUUGCUGGGUGUUUUUUUUUUUUUUUCUUCUGAAUGUGGUCAUGCAGAACAGGUUGUAGUUACAACUGCUGAGAUCUGAUCACAGUGCAACCAUACCACCUCCAGAUGUGGUUUUACAUGCAUUUGCACACAAACAUAUGUUUUUCCUUACCUACAUCAGAGGUCUCCAACCCCCGGGCCCUGGACCGGUACUGGGCCGAAACCGGUCCAUUGGUGUAAAAAAGGUCGGAGACAGCUGACCUAGAUCAUGUAUCCACAUUCAGAUUGCGUUUUGAUGCCAUGUGUAAAUAUUGUAUAAAUCACACUCAAAGGUGACAUUAAGCAUCUAGAUCAGCAUCACAAGAUUAACAUUGGCUUCACUGUCUUCUGUAUCAUCUCCCACUGCCACUGCUAAAUCUAUCACUUGUAGAACUGGAAAAUCCCUGACUUUGGUGGCUGUAACAGGUGAUCUAUAUCUGGAUCAGGAGAAACACCUGUUAACACAGGUGGAAAUGCAAAUAGAAGACUGGGUCGGGCAGACCACGUCUAAGGGUUGUCCGGGUAGAUUAGCUCACUGUUACCAUCAGUCCUCUUCCUGGUAUCACAGCCUGAUGAUCUGAUGAUCGUCUGCAGAGGAAAAUCAAGCAAAGCCCAUAUAGCAGCAUAAAGGCAUUGGUCAUGUGACUAGUGGCAUGAUUGUGACUAAGUGCUAGCAAGCUUCUCCAAGGCCCUAAUAAAUUACAACACAAUAGUGUUGGCAAGGCUACGAAAAAGUAGCAUACAGAUGCCUCCAGCUGUCUCUGUCUUUAACGUGGCCCUUGCAGGAUGUAGCAGAGUAGCCAAACUGUAGUUAUUCAGGGAAGUUUCACAGAGUUUACACAGUUACACACAUUCACACCUGGAAUCUGCUUCCAAGGGAGAGGCAUUUAGAAAUCACAGGUUAAUACUGGGUAUAAAUGGACAUAAUAAUUACCCCAUCAGAAUAAUCUGAAAGAUCACAAAGUGCAUACAGUGGCUUUAAUGCAAUGUGAGUUACAAGGCAGGUGACAGUGAUACUAUAAGGAAGCAAGCUCCCAGCUUGUACGCUUGUAAGUUCAGAAUCCAUUCAGUCAAAGCUAACUGACAUGGAGAAUAUCCAAUCACUAACAUUAGCUAAAGUUAGAUGUAUUUGCAGCAUGUCCACUGGCAUAAACAUCCAAGACAGUGAUGUGUGACACAUAUGAAGGACUGCAGAAUAAGGUGUUGGUAAGGACACUGGAUAUGGUUUGAGAAGGUGUUAAGUGCUGAGCGGAGGUCUCUCUCAUGACAGAGUACACCAAGUUCAAGCAAACAUUGUCAGGGAUUAAAACUUAACACACUGAAAAUGGGGGUCCAAACUCAAAAGAAUGGGUAUAUGCAGUUCACUGAGUUCUUCACUGCAAUGUUCCUGCCAACAUCACCAGCUCACACAACAGCUGUAGCAGCUCAUAUCCAGCUGUUGUGCAUUCAGACAUUUAGCAGGCACGGUUAGCCUUGAUCCAUCACCAUUGCUCUCAGUAUCGCAGUCCUGCAGUGGCUGGUGGUCAGUGUACAGCAACAGUGAAAGUGACAAAGCUGAAACACAGCUAACUUAAUACCACCUGCCAGGGGCAAUAUUCAAAAAUAUUACCCCAGCCAGCUGUUUCUUGUCAGGAUAUGAGAAACUGAAGCAUCAUCUCUUGGCUCAUGUGUCACUUGUUGGAGAAAAGGUUGCUGCCCUCCUGGUGGGUGGAUUCUCAGAUGUUGCAUUUCUGACCACACCCAUCCUCCCAGUUGCAUACAGUGUAGUUUCGUUUGUUGCACUUGUAACCACCAACUGUAAUGUGACAUUGUGGCGGGUCACAUCAGUGUGACAUGGCGUGGUGUACAGGCUGCUGCGGACCAUGCAGCAGGUGCUAACUGGCAGAGCCAGCAGAAUUAAUGGACUGGGUACAGUUACACUUCUAAAUAUGCUGUUUAUGACCUGACUGAACAAUCAAGCAGGACAGAUGUGGUGGGAAUGUGAAGGAAAGUGGUGAGAAAUUGUGUAGAAUAUGUCUGAGGGGGCAUAUUAAAUCUUGAUAUGCAUUUUUACAAAAACAAUCACGUUUCAAAGUUUUUUAUUUCAAAUAAAUGAAAUAAACCAG